UUGCUUCAUUAAACCAAUAGCCACGCUAUAUUCAGUUAUUCUGUUUCUGUGAUCAAUCAUGGCUACUAAGCAAAACAACACCAAACCUCCUUCUCUCAAUGUUGAACCAGCUUCCUCUCCUCCUGAAUCCAGCCCUCUUCGGAAAAUCAUCGUCGUCGCUUCCAUUGCCGCGGGAAUCAAUUUUGGAUGGGCUCUUCAGCUUUCCUUGCUAACUCCCUACGUCCAGCUCCUCGGUACCCCCCACUUUUGGGCCUCCUUUAUUUGGCUCUGCGGUCCAGUCUCCGGCUUAUUGGUUCAACCAAUUGUCGGUUACCACAGCGACCGCUGCACCUCCCGCUUCGGCCGCCGUCGCCCUUUCAUCGCAGCCGGAGCACUAGCUGUGGCUGUCGCCGUUUUCUUGAUCGGUUACUCCGCUGAUCUUGGCCACAUGAUAGGCGACUCCCUCGAGAAGAAAACAAGACCACGUUCCAUCGCUGUCUUCGUCUUCGGAUUCUGGAUCCUCGACGUCGCCAACAACAUGCUCCAAGGCCCGUGCCGAGCUCUAUUAGCCGACCUCACCGCCGGGGACCACCGAAAGACACGCACGGCGAACGGAUUCUUCUCGUUCUUCAUGGCCGUCGGAAACGUGCUGGGAUACGCCGCCGGAGCCGACGGCAAGCUGUACAAGAGCUUCGCGUUCACCAAAACCAAAGCCUGCAACGAAUACUGCGCCAACCUAAAGAGCUGCUUCUUCAUAUCCAUCGCUCUUCUCACGUUCCUCACAGCCAUCGCCAUGUUUUACGUGAAGGAGAAGCCACUCCAGUCGCAAAAAGGCGGGAACGAGGGGGAUGAUUCAGUGGCUGAGGGAUCAGGAGGCUUACCAUGCUUCGGGCAAAUGCUGGGGUCAUUCCAUGAGCUCAAGAGGCCCAUGUGGAUUUUACUCGGGGUGACGUGUCUGAACUGGAUUGCUUGGUUCCCGUUCUUGAUGUUCGACACUGAUUGGAUGGCGAAGGAGGUGUACGGGGGAAAGGUUGGGGAAGGCAAGGCGUACGAUAAGGGGGUGCACGCGGGGUCGUUGGGGCUUAUGUUGAACUCGGUGGUGCUUGGUGCGGUGUCGUUGGGCGUGGAGGUGAUGGCGCGUGCGGUUGGGGGCGUGAAGAGGCUGUGGGGAAUUGUGAACAUAUUGCUCGCCGCCUGCUUGGCCUCCACCGUGUUGAUCACCAAGUUGGCCGAGCACUCACGGCGGUACGCCCCCGGAUCCAACGAUCCUCUGCCGCCUACCGCCGGAGUUAACGGCGCCGCCUUGUCUCUCUUUGCCUUGCUCGGAAUUCCCCUGGCGAUUACUUACAGUAUUCCUUUUGCACUAGCAUCCAUUUUCUCCACCACCUCAGGGGCAGGCCAAGGGUUAUCUUUAGCAGUUCUCAACCUUGCCAUUGUCAUCCCACAGAUGUUUGUAUCCGUUGUUAAUGGACCUUGGGAUGCGCUCUUUGGUGGCGGCAACUUACCGGCGUUUGUGGCGGGGGCGGUGGCGGCCGCAGCCAGUGGCAUAUUAUCAAUGAUCUUGUUGCCAUCGCCACCGCCGGACUUCAAGCCUGCCGUCGGAGGAGGACUUCAUUAAUGAAAAUAAUUAGCAAAUUUUCUCUUAAAUUGGGGUCCCAGCUUUUUAAUAUAUAUAAAUGUACUUACGUAAGUACGUAAAUUUAAGGCUCAUGUUCUGUCCGACUUUAUAAGAAUUGCCAUUUUUGUGGCAGCUAGCAGGAAAGUGAACAAAUGAGCUUUCUUUGUUGAGAAUGUUCAUUUUUGUUGUAAAGUUUGGUCAUGAAUGUGUGUAAUUAGAAGGACCCCAUAAGACCAUAUCAUAAAAAAUUAAAUGAAAAAUUUGGUUCCAUUUUGGGGUGACUUAUUCAAGUAGUGAUAGAGAGUGGGUGAGUGAGCCACUUAAAAUAAUGUGCAAGGGUGGGGGUGUGGGAUGGUUUGUAUGAACCGAACCGGUCAUGACUUGGACCCGGUUCACCCCCACCUUUUCUGCUUUCCAUUUUUAUUGUUGCUACUAAUAAAACAGUUCCUCUUUUUUCUC